AUGAACACCAUUUAUAUUGACACAAAGUUCUUGUAUUCUAUGGUUCCUUAUUCUUUUGAAUGGCAGAAUUAGAUAAUAAAGAAGAUUAAGAAGUUGGUGAAAAUGAAACUGACAUAAAAAUCAGCAUUUUUGUUAAUCAAUUCAAGAAUGAUAGUAAAGGAGGCGAUAAUAAAAAAGUGGAGAUAUCGGAUUGCAAAAAACAAUGAAAUCAAUACAAAUUAAUUAAAACAAUCUUCUAUUUCAUGUUAAUUAAUAAUUAUGCAAGGUUUAUUGUAGCCAUCUCAACAAACUCUUUUGGUGCGAUCACCAACCGAAGGCUCUAUGUAGAGUUACAGUAGAUACGAGAGCAAGGGAAAGAAAAGAAUAGUAUACAAAAACAACAAAGGUGAAAUUAUUGAUCCUCAUGACAAAUUGGCUAAAUCACAACAUUCUCGUCCAUCUCAGCCUACUCAUUCAGUAAAAUCUCGAACUACCACGCCUACUCCUUCGGAUAGUGUCAAAACUCAAAAUACUUCAAUUUUAGACUUAGUACCAAUUGACGAUCCCAUUUGGUUGGAGUUGAUUCCCACAGAAAUACAACAAGAUCCAAACUUCAAUCUGGAACGAUUGAUUAUGGAUAAUCAAGAGUAUUUCGUUAAUCUACUUGGUUUGUACAUGCAAGAGAGACAACAAAACAGAAUACAAGAAAUAAAAGUGUCCCUUCCCUAGAAAAAGUAGACCACCUACGAUCAAGUCUAUAAAAAACCGAAUGCCAUUGACCAUUCAAAUUUCAAUAUCAAGAUGUAUGACUAACUUCCAAUGGCUUAAUCUCUUCAGUUACAAACGCAAUAUGAAACUUCUUUUCGCACUCCCAAAAUUACUCCCCAGGACAACUUCAAACCCUCUUACAUUAAGGAUAAUGCUGAAAUGCUCACUCUCACUAGCUAUAAGUAAAAUUAUGUCAAUUGGAAGACCUGUCAUACUGAAAGAAUGGGACCAUAGAGAGGGUAAAGCACUGGAACUCUGCCCUUCAUUGGCAAGACCUCCUAUCAAGAGAACUAUCGCGCUAAUAACUGGGAACCCACAGAAUCUGCCAAAAAAAAAUCACUAGGUCCUUUUGCCUCUGGGAGUUCCAUGAUCUUCAAAGAGGCCUUGUCUAAAAUUCACUAUCCCAAUUAUUAGAUUGAAGAAGCACCACCUCGACAAGAAAAUAGUAAUCAUCAUUAAGGCAAUCGAUCUUAUGAUGGACAAUUCAAAACAACUUUUAAAAAUUCAUUUGUUUAUAAAGUACCAGAGCCAAUUCUAUAGGAUAGAUAUUGGAAAUAGAAAUUGAUACAAAAGAUCUUGGAGAAGAAAUAAAAUUGA